GCGAUGUAGAAGGAGUCCUCGCCUCGCUCAGUGACUUUCGACGAGAUAGCGGAAGGAAUUUAGAUUGGAACACAUUUGUCUGUCAGCGGUUGUGAAAGCGAUUGCCGGGCGGGUGGAUCAUUGUAAUGAUCUAUUCGAUUAAACUCGUAGAAUGUAUAAUUUUUUACGAAGUUUGGUUUUCGGGGUGCUUUUCUGCCUCGUGAGCACUAACCCAUAUAAACCGUGGGACGAGACUUCGCAGUCGAUUGUUGCAAACUACAAAGUGCACAUCGAUGCCAGAAAAGAGGAUUGUUACUUUCAAUAUGCUUCCGCUGGAGCUGAUUUUUAUGUGCAUUUUCAGGUAAUACGUGGUGGAGAUGGUAAAGCUGGCUUUUCUGUGAGGAACCCAGAAGGUACCUUGGAUCAUCCUUAUCAAUGGCUCUCUAGUUCAGGUUAUCAGGACACAGUAAGAACUGCCGGCUACUAUAGCAUUUGUGUGAACAAUCAAUUCUCACGAUUUGCUUCGAAAUUAGUCAAUUUAUACAUCUCUGUGAUCAGAUACGACGAAUGGGACAAAUAUACCAAGGAGCUGAAAGAGUUGGAUCUAUCUGUUGAUAAUUUCACGACCUCCAUAUCGAAUGUGGAAAAGAAUGUAAAUGAAAUGUUCCAAACUCAACAUUUGAGUAGAAGCAGGGAGGCACGAGAUUUGAAUUUGUUGCUGGACAAUAACUUUUAUGUCCAAGUGUGGUCCAUUACCCAAAUCACGGUCAUAAUAAUAGCAACGACGACGCAAAUAUAUUACGUUCGAAAAUUGUUCCAGGUGAAACCAUCUAAAUAUUCGAAAGCAGGCAUAUAAACGAAUUGGAAUCCUGCGAAUAAUUAACUACAUUUCUCGGAGAUGACACCUAGUUUGCACAAGUUCCACUAUGCAUCCAUAGCUUUCCUUUCUAGUAUUCUUAGUUCAAAGUCGACUGUUCACUUUGCAACAGCAUAAUACUAUAUAUAUAUAUAUACAUACAUAUAUAUAUAUAUAUUUUUUUUUAUAUACGAAGCUAUAAGAGCAUACAACAUAAGACUGCAUUGCAUUUCAGAUUUGCGACGAUGAGACGCAAAUUAUUACUCAUUUUUACAGUUAUCAGCAUUUUAACAUAAAUGAACAAAUUAUAUUUAUGUAUAAUUGAAUUUAUUAAGAGAGAAACAUCAUUGUACUUAUAUGAGAAUAAUAAAUAACGAAAUACUUUUGUUAUA